CCAAGAGAAAGAUUACUCCCUCAACCGUCUAUUGCUCCCCCCCCGCCCUGUUCAUCAGUCUCGUUUCGAACGUAGGUUACGUGAGACUGGUAUUUUCGAGUUUCAAUUCAUCAUUGACUUGGUCCUAUAAUCGUUUAUUGAACAGCGACACAUAGAAAAAAUAUCGCGGUUUAAUUUUUGAUGGUCAAAGUUACAUAAAUAUAAUUGCUCUUUUAUAUUUGUUCGGGUCGCAGAGUAAUUACUGAAGCAGCAAAACUGCCGACACACAGACGACCGGUGUUGACAGAUUCCGUAGAAGAAAAAAGUUCUCGUACAUCCAAUGACAAUAUUUGUCGAGCCACCGUGUCGUCCCAACAGUCCGUAACUUCAAAACAUUGAGAGCAAAAAUUUGGCCAACGUUCAAAUGGAGUCACGAUGCUCGAAAAGUUGGAAAGUACAAGCACAAAUUAGUAAAUAAAUAAGAGAGUCCUCGAAGUUAUUGGUUCGUUUUUUUUUUCAAAUGUAAAGAAUAGAAAAAAUGUGAAGCAAAACUUUUCGAGUAUCGGGAGAUAAUUCAACAUCGACAAUAAAUUAACGAUAAAGAGUUGGGCUCAGUUGGUGCGCGAUCGUGCGAUAGCUUCGCACGAGAAUUUGCAAUACUCGAAAAAUGACUUCCGGUAAUAUUUUUUCGGGCUCGAUCACACCUGCUGUUGUUGUUUUAACCGAAGACUCGUCGAACCUUGAAUAUUCGUCGGGAUCCAUAAGUUUCAAUAAUAAAAACAAAGAAAAAUCUACAGCCGUCGAUAAAAGGAGCUCGUCUUCCGUUUAUUGUCGAAUUUGUCACGAAGACUCGAGUAUCGAGGAAUUGAUUGAUCCCUGUUCGUGCUCCGGUACUUUGGCGCUGAUUCAUUCGAGCUGUCUCGAGAAAUGGCUCUCUACGUCCAACACGGAACAUUGCGAAAUUUGCCAGCACGUGUUUUUCAUACGGAGGAAAAAUAAAUCGAUAAUUCAGGUGAUUGGAGACAACGCGGUCGAGUGGAACCUCAUUAAAAUAAACGGACAGUCAGAUUCAUGCGAACACGAGAAAACAAUGAAAUCGAUUUCUAUGUGGUCGAGGAGCAAAAACGCGAACGGUGCUCGCGGCAUGAUGGGCGAUCUCAUCAGUCUAUUUGUAUUAACGCCACUGUGCUUAGCCGCAACGUAUUUAUGCGCGAUCGGUGCUUCGGCUUACAAGAGUCUCGGCUUCUGGGAAGGCACUGGAUUGGCCGUACUUUGUUGCACACUCGUUGGCACUUACGGUUUAUGGUUCUGUGCAACCGUCAGGUAUCAUUAUCGAUCGCUGCAAGAAUGGCGUGAAAAGAAUCAGGAUAUAAAAUUACUCGUGAAGCAUCGCACCGACGAGGAAAUAAAAAAUGCGAUACCGUUGAUGAAUAAAUCGAAAGAGCUGCGAAUGCAGGACGAGAACAGCGCCCCCAGACCGAUGUUGGCUUUCACGACCCCGCCGCGACGGCAUCGUUUCGCCUUUUGGCUUGGGGCUAGUUUUAAUGAGACGAACAGAGACCCGGUCUUUCUGGUGCAUCAGAUGACUACUUUCGUCUGAUAUUCUUAUCCCAAUUCUCAUUGCUUACAUUAAGUAAUGCUUUUCAUUUAUUUCAAUUGAAUUAUUAUUUAUAACUGAGAAAUGAGAUUUUUAGUUCGCGGUUAUAUAUUUGGCUGCACUGAUACAUUUCAUUGAAUAACAAUUCGACUUCGAAGCUUCAACUUUUUCACGUGAUUCUCAGCCGUACAAAUGUUCGAAAGCGCGAGUAAAAAAAGUCUUUCAUAAAUGUCGACGCGUUCGAUGUGUACCGAAUAAAAUUAUUCGGUCGAACUCGAUCUCGUAAAUUUGAAAUCAUGAUGAUUCACUUGACACGAUUAUUAUAAGCGAGGCUGCUCACUCGAGAUAAAAAUAAACGAAGGAUGGACAGUGGUUUUAGAGUUUGAAGUUGGAGAUUCGAUCGAUGCUUAAAUCCUCGACUUUGAUGUCGAAUUCACGGCAAAAUAAUACGCUAACAACGGGAGGAUAAAGAGGCCGAUAGCGAGGCAUAACUGAAUAAUAAAAAUGGAAAUGAGGCAAGUAUGUCGUGGUCGUCAAUGUCUACGAGAGACAUGAGCGAGGCAUG